AUGGCUCCACUGAGUGGCGAAGCGUGUCCGUUGUCAGUUUCUUCCAUUCCACAUUUCGGCCCUGUCGUUCCAGAAGCAGUCUCUUCCUGGUUCCGUUUGUUCUUGUACCACACCGCCGGUAAUGGACCAGUUUCAAUGUAUAUUCGCAAAGGAUCACGAAUUCCAGUAGUUCCACGUGCUUUGCGUAGAUGCAAGCGAUUGCUGUUGACAACAUCUUCCCAUGAACCUGUUAUUGUUCCAACAGAUAACUGUCUAGUUCAGCUAAAUGAUACCCUUCUAACUCACGCAGUUCUUGCACAGGAGUACAGUGCAGUGACUGACGAUGCGGAACUUGUAAGUGUGCCUUUCCCAUUCGUAGAAUCAGACCUAAAGGAUGGGAACUUUGCACUGCAUCCGUCGGUGGUGGUACUGCGCAAUAAGUUGGGGCUUGAUGCAUUGUGCGGCUACUUAACAUUGCUAUGUAAGACGAAGGAAUUGCUAGUUAAAGACCGGAAAAACGAUAAUGCACCAGUGAGCAAGGAUCCGAGUUCCAGCGCUGUCCAGUUUGCCAAUCAUGACUUAGCGCAAUCACUACAGGAGUUGAUUGAUAAGUACCAGGACUGGGGAGGCAGUGAGCCCACAUUUCCAGCAUCGCGAAGCUGUCUACCAACACAAACUGUGCUUUUUGAAAAUGGUGAGCUCAGCAUUGUCACGGAUUUACGUUCUUGGUAA